AUUCAAUUCAAAUUCAUGGAUAACUCAUCAAACAAAUCAUCAAAUAGACUACCAGUGCAAACAUUGAUACUGUUAUUGUUGAUUAAACUACUUGUCCUAAUCUAUACCUAUCUAACACUACCCGUAUAUUAUGCUAUUCAACAGCCGUUCAGAGUGCUUGAACGGGCCUAUAGAGUGAGGGCCCGUCAGGAGGACCCCAACGAUCCGUAUUCACCGUGGAUACGAACCGGCCAAUUGCCGUACCACUAUCUGGACGAUUGUCGGACACUGCCCGAAGCGCAGCGUCGGUCGCUGGAAGUAAACGGUGUCGACACUCCAUGUCUAGGCUAUAGACAAGUACUAAGCGAAGUGGAUGUCCGUCAAAGCGAUGGUAAAGUACUCAAAAAGUGUGAAUUAAGUGACUAUCAGUGGCUGACCUACGGUGAGGCCGACACACGUAUUGCACAUAUAGCCCGGGGUUUGCUGAUAAAUGGUGUCAAACCCAGAGAUACGGUACUCAUAUUUUUUGACACCAGAUUAGAGUGGCUACUGACAGCACAGGCAAUCCUACGUAUCGGUGCCGUAAUCACAACACUGUACUCAACACUGGGCACCGACAGUCUUGUCUACGGUAUCAACGAAACAGAAGUAACUCAUGUGAUCACUACUGAAGAUCUGUUGACGAAAUUGGCAAAAAUCAGAGCACAGAUACCACGGGUAAAGACUGUUGUCUACAUUGAACUACCCUAUAGACAGCACAGUACUCCUGAUGCCACUAAUGGCGACAACACUGUAGAGCUGAUUAAGUUUGAACAGUUAGAAAAAGAUGGUCAGUUGGCACCGGAAAAGUUGAUUGGUUUAGUGCCUACAGAGGAUGACAGAGCGCUCAUACAGUAUACGUCCGGCUCUACUGGUGUACCCAAGGGUGUUAUAUUGACACACAAACAGAUACUGUCGGGACUGGUAAGCAUACGUACACUAGUCUACCGUGAGUUUGCCGAACCCCGUAAGCACCUGUACAUAGCGUAUCUGCCGUUAACCCAUGUCCUGGAGUUUUGUGCCGAAAUGUUUUGUUUUACUUCGGGUGUCCGCAUAGGUUACGGUACACCGAAUACGUUGACCGGUGCUGGCACUGCCCUACGCGAUGUCACCAAAAGUGAUAUUGCACUACUACGGCCUACGUUUAUGGUGUCCGUACCGCUCAUACUGGAGCGCAUACGCAAAGGCAUCGAGACUACUGUAGCCAAACGGGGACAGUUGUUUCAGACAAUGUUCAACUAUGCUGUCGAUUAUAAAAUCCAAUGGCAGCUCCGGGGUUAUCGGACACCGAUCAUCGACUACUUAGUGUGUCGCAAGAUCAGGGCAAUGGUCGGCGGCCGACUUGGCUAUAUGAUGGUUGGCGGUGCGCCACUUAACUCGUAUACUCAACAGUUUUUGCGGGUCUGUCUCAAUAUUAAUUUGGCUCAGGGCUACGGUUCAACCGAAUCCACGGCAUCGGUCACAUCGCAAGAUUUUGACGACAAUCUGGGCACCGGUCAUAUCGGUUCGCCAUUGUUUGGCCUUAAAGUACGGCUAAUAGACUGGCCAGAAGGUGGCUAUCGGCCAACUGACAAACCGUACCCAAGGGGAGAGGCAGUUGUCGGCGGACCCAAUGUGGCGGUUGGCUAUUAUAAACUGGACGACGAAACACGAGAGGCAUUUGAGGUGUCGUCAUCGGCCGGUACUGUUGGUGACAAUAGUAGUAUACAUUGGUUUCGUAUGGGCGACAUUGUGGAGGUCGACGGUAACGGUGUGUUCAAAAUAAUUGACCGCAAAAAAGAUUUUGUAAAACUACAGUUCGGCGAAUACGUAUCGCUGGGAAAGAUUGAGUCGGAGCUAAAAAAUUUCCAGUUUGUCGACAACGUGUGCGUCUAUGGAGACUCACGACACGACUAUCUAAUAGCACUGAUAUCGCCAAACCAACUGUCCAUUCGAGAACUGGCCGCUCAGUUAGUCGCCGCCGACAAUAAUGAUGUGAACAACAUUGAAAAGUUUUCAGAUUUGUGUCAAAAUAAAAAACUGGUUGACUAUGUAUGCCGUGAACUACGACUGUAUUGCCAGAGCACCGGGCGAUUGCAUAAAAUGGAAAUACCUUCAAAAAUUAUGCUGUGCUCCGAUGAAUGGACACCGGCUAACGGUUUGGUAACACCGGCCCUAAAAAUUAGGCGAAAAAGUAUACAAAUAUUUUAUCAACAAUUUAUUGAUAAACUAUAUGAAUAAUAAUAAUAAUUAAUUAAUUUGUUGAUAACUACAUAUACAAUAGUCGUAUCAUAAAAUAUUUUAAAUAGAA